GCGGUUAGCAGGCAGGCUUAAACUGCUUAAGCCUCGCACUGGCACAGCCGUGGCCGCGGAAAGAGGGGAUCCCGCGAAAUGGAGCUCUCGCCGGCGCCGGCGGGGAGGUGGGCCGACCUCCCCGAGGACAUCGCUCUCGCCGUCGCCUCCCGCCUACAGGAGGCCGACGUGUGCGCGCUCGGCGGCUGCUCCCGCUCCUGGCGUGCCACCUGCGACGCCGACUACGUCUGGGAGCGCCUCUUCCGCUGCCGCUGGCCGGCCGCCGCGGCGGAAGCGGCGCCGGCGUCCCGUGUGCAGGGAUGGAAAGCUCUCUACAUCAACCAACACAGAAGAAUGGAUGUUGCAAUAUCUAAUGUGGUUGAAUUUGUGGGGAGCAGCUUAAAUAAUGGGUGGCUUGAAUCUGAAUGUUAUUUGAAAGCUAUUGCUGAUCUGGCGUUGAUGGACGAUAUAGGAUUUCUUGAUGUCAAGUUUUUCUUGUUUUCAAGGAAUCAUAGUGCAAUAAUAAACCUCAUUGGAUUGCACUACUCAAUUGCAUCUUUGCAUGUGCUGCCAGCUGAAGUCAGUAAGGCACUCCAAGCUCGCCAAGUAGCAGGAAGGAGAGUGUGUGUGAACUUGCUCAAGCUUGGUAGGUGGUUCUAUGGUUUCAGGUUACCUGAUGAACACGUGUCUCGUAAAAUCUCUCUGAGUGAGCUCACCGUGGCUGAGGGAGCAGAAAUCCUAGCCAUUCUUAACCGUGGAGCUGUUCACGAGGUAUUUCGCCUCCAAAUCAGUUUGGCGGACAUAGAUAAGUGACAUAAAAGUAUGCACACCACGUUACCAUAAGUACAUGGCUUAUCGUGCCCUUUGUAAAUAUGUGUAACUUUUGUCAUCUGAUGCCCUCGUGCCUCUGCUUAGUUGUAAAUGCAAGCAUAGGGAUGGAUGGAAGUGUGGAACCAUGUAAACUUUUUGCUACAUAGUCGUGUAUAAAAUAAAUAAUAAAGCCUUGCCAUGUGUACACAUUUCAAUAAA